CCUGACAAAUCAUCAAUGACCAGGAACCUUUUGCAGACACACUCUAUUGCUCCCACCCACACGACUUUUACAGAAGUCAAAAGUUCCUUUUUCAUUUUACACUCACACAGCGGGCCUUGUUUAUUUCAUUUUAUCCACUGACACUUGACUGAAGGCCUCUCAGAGCUGCCCGGGCCCCGAGCUUUUUGCCGUACACUAAGAGAGAGCGAGACAUUUUUUGGGUUUUUUACGUUGAGCGAGAGGAAAUUUUGAAACAUUGUGCAAUGGUGCUGCAAAAGUUUUGAAAGGAGCGCGUUUUGCCAGCAAAGCGUCUGAGAGUCGGUCGGUCGGUCGGUUGGAGAAGAGGUCUCCAUGUUGCAUCCGUACAGAAUGGAGAGCUACCUCAUCCCGCCUCACACAGAAGAAAUGUACGACCCUGAGAUCUACAGGCAUCAAAUUGAGUAUUAUAAUCCAUACGUCCUAGACGCAGAUAUCCAGGCAGAUCACUGGGACUACCACCCUCACCCUCACGUACACCCCGCAGAGUUCGAAAACCUCCAAGAAAGCAACUUCACAGAACUGCAGAGCGUGCCUGCCCUCCACCCGCCUGGCCUCAUACGACACGAGCCCAUACGAUACGAGGCGGAGAACCUGCUGGAUCCCAACCUCGGAGCGCAUGCGCACGUCUUACAGCAGCCGCGCGAGCACAGAGAAACAAAACCAAUACGUCAGUGCUGGUGUCUGUCCGGCGCUCGCUGUACACCACACGUCAGCAACCAGAUGAAAAUAUACUUUAAGUGUCAGGUAGCGUUCUUUCCCCGGACCGUGUACCAACAGCACGUGUCCCAACGCAGCUCCGACGACGAGGACCACGGAGGACGGAGUCCCCCGCUGGAGGUGUCUGACGAGGAGUGCUUGAGAGACAGGGUCCCUUAUGUCACAUCAGGAGAGCUGGGCAACAAAAAGAAGAUCCGCUUGUACCAGUUCCUGUUGGACCUUUUAAGGAACGGCGACAUGAAGGACAGUAUCUGGUGGGUGGACAGAGACAAAGGGACGUUCCAGUUUUCUUCCAAACACAAGGAGGCCCUGGCGCACCGCUGGGGGAUCCAGAAGGGCAACCGCAAAAAAAUGACCUACCAGAAGAUGGCUCGGGCCCUGCGCAACUACGGCAAAACCGGGGAGGUGAAAAAGAUCAAGAAGAAGCUGACGUACCAGUUCAGCGACGAGGUGCUGGGGAAGAGUCACCUGGAGAGGAAGCCCUACAUGUAGUCAGGAGGGAGGCCGGGACGACGGGAUCUGAACACUGGAAAAGACUCGUCUCUGUUGUUACUGUAGAUAUGUAAUCACUCUCGGUCUGAUUAAUAGCAUUAUAUGAGUAGCACCAUUAUCUCUGUACAGUCGGAUCCGUCCCUCGAAAGAUAAUUUCCAAAUGAAACUAUGGACUCCAAACAAAGACUCUUCCCUCCGAAACAUGACGGGGACCCUGUCAACGAACUGAACGUCUGGGUGCCAAAAUACUCCACGGCCGGUGGCGAGGGACUGGCCGUGGACUUGGAUUGUUUCAGAAAGUAUUAUCCUGUUUGUGAGUCUCAUCCGUCGUGACGUUGUUGCCACGGACGGAACUGAAAGCCAUGUAAUGUUCUGACCGCCACACAGAAACAAACAACUACUCUUUUUUGUUUGUAAAUUGUUAAAUCAUCUUGUUCAAAGUAAUAAAGUAUAAUACCCAAAAAAAAAA